AUGGCGGGAAAAGCUACGAAGAAGCAGGCGCAGGCGAAUUUGGCCGUGCUGAGCAGGCUGUACAAAGUUUCUGUUCCGAUUGUAGUGUUGGCGAUGAUGCGACAAUGGUUAGGAGGAGCAAGCUUGUCGCAAUGGUUACGAUUUGCAUUUCUACAUGUGCCAUUGGCAGGAUGCGUCUACGUGCUGGAGAAGUCUGGGAGACCUGUGUUUGAUGCUAAGGGCAAAAUUGUGAAAGAAGGUACGGAUCUUGCCCAGACAGGCGGCCUCGUGGAGUACAUGUUUGACCUCGUAUACCUGUCACUGUUUGCGGAUGUGGGACGUAUUGUGUUUAACACUGGCAAGUUCUGGUACGUCUUGCUGCUGGUCCCGCUCUAUGCCGGAUGGAAGCUUUACGGCUUGAAGAAGCAGUUCAUGGGUCCCGCGAGGUCUGCUGAGGGAAACGACAGUGCUGCUGCUGCCGGCGGCGACUCUAAGUCGAAGAGACAGCUCAAGAGAGAGAAGAAGGGCAGCAAGGCCCAGGUCAAGUACCGCUAG